GUUCUUGUUGCUAUGGAAACCACAUCAAUCAACAAUGCCGAGCGGAACAAGCGAUGUAAAAUAUGUUGACGCUUAUUCAUUACCCGGUAAACCACAUAUUGCUUUCUGUGAUUCAGACGACAAAGAUAUACUUCUAGCACGGCAUUUCUGGUUAUCUGUACACUUGAGGCCUUUCGUUGAAUCACGCCUCGUGUCCAGUGACAUUAGACAACGAACUAUUAAAGCGAGCUUGAAAUCUCAAGACGAUUACUUGCUAAGAGUAGACCAUGAGUCUCAUGCACUUGAACAUUUAACUGAAUUUUGGAAAAAAUUGAAAAACGCGGAAUAUAUGUACCAACAGGAAUUUUUGGAAGGCUUUUAUAAACGGAAAAAACAAUGUAAAGAGAGUUUCUUGGCGCGGAAAUCUCAGCGGAUAAAUUUGCAAGAAGUUUCCGGACAGAUAUUACAGAAGAACAGAUUGUAUUCUCGUGAGGAAGAAAAAAGAUGGAAACUGGAAAAAGAAAUAGAAGGUCCGGAGGAUGUUCGAAAACAAAUCGCAGAAUUUGAAAGGAAGAACAAAAUAGGAUCAGUAAUAACCGGCUUGUUAUUCCAUUACUCAAGGUUUGAUGAAAGAAAACCAAUAAAGAAAGUGCAAACGAAAUAUUUUGAAGCAUUGCACAAAACUGAUGACGAUGAUGAAGAUCCAUGCUUGGUAAUUCAUAUUUUCUGUAACGAAAUUGAUAUCAUCUAUAGAAACCCGGCGUCCAAACAGCCAGGUGAUCGGGACAGGUUGAGAUCUCUCGGCGAACGGAAAUCGGGACCUGAAGACGAAAUAACAAACCCUAAAAGUCUUCAAGGAGAUUUUGAACGAUUUCAAACAAAUAUUCAAAAAUUUCAAAGAAACAUUUCACAAUGUGAAGAGAAACAUGACAUGACGCCCAACCAAAGAAGAAAACAUGGAUCAAAGUUUCAUAAUGAGUUACAUAAAUUGACAGGCAAAACAUCUGGUCAGAAAAGAUGGCAUUUUGAUCAGACCUAUGAUAACUGCGUGACGGUAGAGAACACAGAAAAAGCAGAAGAACCUAAGGAAAAUACUGAAAAUUUUGAUGAGAUGGACACUUUAGAAAACGACGAUUUUGAUAACGAAGACGAUUGUGUUUAAAGAAUAUUUGUUGCGAUAAA